UGCGGAAGAAGCGUUCAGUUUGUCGCACACCUUCGAAGAUGGAUGACGAACAGGUUAAAAUGCUCAGGAGAGCCUUCUCCAUGUUCGAUUCGACAAAGUCUGGCCGGAUCGAGAAGGAAAAAGUAAGAACGAUUCUCAACACCCUGGGGCACACUUUCGACGAUCACGAGUUGGAGGUUUUACUGAAGCAAGAGGACGAAGAAGGCAACGGCAAAUUAAAUUUCGACUCGUUCUAUCGGGUGGCCUGCCACUUCCAAGAGGAGGACGACGAGGCCCUGCAGAAGGAGCUAAAAGAGGCUUUCAGGCUUUACGACAAGGAGGGAAACGGAUACAUUCCAACGAGCUCUCUGCGAGAGAUUCUCGCAGCUCUGGAUGAUCAGAUAACACCCGAUCAAAUGGACGGCAUGAUCGCUGAAAUUGAUACCGACGGCUCUGGCACUGUUGACUUUGACGAAUUCAUGGAGAUGAUGACUGGCGAUUAAGCUGACCGCGGAUUCGCCGUCUCGCGUGAAAAGAACGCCAGUAUUUUCUUCCUACGAUACUCCCAUUAAUCGUGGACAGACAGCGGCUCUCUCUCUCUCUCUCUCUCUCGAAAUUGAAAUUCCACGGGAGAAAGCCGGGUACACGUUAUUCACUUGGGUCAGAAGCGAACGAGGGAUCGACGAGACUUCGCCCGACAUCAUUCUUCCCGCACGUUUGUUUGCUCACGGUGUACCGAAAUCAUUAAGUACUCGAUUAAACGUUGCCUUUGCUGAUCGUACCAGAGGACCAUUUUUAUUCCGCGCUCCGAUCGAAGAUUAACGACCAGACACGCUGAUCGACUCGUUCGAUAUGCAACGGGAUACGAUGAUCGAAGUAAGUUAUGACUACCAGGGAGAAAUCGGCGAACGGCCAUUAUUCGCGCGGCAAUCUCUGCAAGCUCGUUCGUAUCCUCGACCGUAGCAGGAAGCCGAGCAGUGUCGUUGGAACGGAUAUUUUUUCGCGAUAACGAAUGGUAUUUCGCGAGCUUCGCUCGCGUUCCACGCGCCUAAUAAUUUCCUGUCUCCUCGAAAGCGGCCAACUUGUAUGGGAUAUUAAUCAAGGAUCUCCGGCGAGCAAAUCGCUGAGCGUGCAGGAGGCUCGCGUUAGAAUUCCGUGAAGGCCACUUAUUCGAUCAACUCGGGCA